AUGCUCUUGAUGCUAAACAGGUUCCUUGGGCCCUGAAAUUUAUAAUAGAAUUUGUAAAAAUUAUGUUAACUGGAAAUAAAUAUAAAGAGAUAAAUAAAAAGAGCCCAAUACUGAUAAAUAGUCCUUGCAGGAACACUCCAAUGGUCCCCCUGAACUGUAAAAGUGGAUCUGAAGAAAAAAAUCCUAAAGAAAAGAAAAGCAGAUUAUAUCUGAAUGAUUCUGAAGAAGGCUAUUCGAACGAACGAAGCUGUCUUGGCCCCUUUAAUGAAAGAGAAACUGGAACCAAAAAGGAUGGGAAAAAUGAACACAAGGGAGUUGAAGAUGAGAAAGCUAGAU